GGCUAGGAUUGACCCCUCGGCUCCAGUGUGAUGAGGAGUCAGGGACGGCCUUCUCCUGGGGGAGGAGAGAAAAGACCUGCCCGAGUGUGCCUGAGCUUAAGGGCAGAACUCAGACUAGCAAACGCCUGGUUAAGCUCUCUAUCCUCCCGAGUUUGGGCUCCCUACACGUGUUCUUUGGCCCAUUAUAACCCCCCAUUUCUUCACUCUUCUUGGUCAAAUUCUGAUUAGCAGGUUGUUGGCUAGAGAGAACCGUCCUGGGGCAAGGAGGGAGGCGCAGGGUGUGUGUGAUGUGGAUGCGCGUGGUGGGGGAGGGCAGACAGUGAGAUAGCCAGAUCAGCCAGUAGGAGGUUGAGGGACAGAAAGACCCUCACCUCGCCCCAGUGUAUCCCAAUAAGGCCACAUAUUUGCAAUAUUCUAACACUGGGAACCCACCGUGGUCUCAGGUUUCCCAUCUGUGUGCCCCCAGUGCUGGCUGAGGCAGAGCCAAGGAGCCUUAUUCUGGCGUACAUGACUCCUGGGGCAGAGGGCCUGCCUCAGUGGGACGCUUUCUUUCCUCCAGCAGGAUCCUUCUGGUUCUUCCUUUGCUGAAAAUGGGCUCUCCAAUGCAGAGGGCUGCCCUCCUCUCCCUGAGUCUGAUCCUGCUUCUCUGGAGCCAGAGGCCAGGAGUCCAGGGCCAAGAGUUCCAGUUUGGGUCCUGCCGAGUAGAAGGGGUAGUUCUCCAGGAACUGUGGGCGGCCUUCCGGGCUGUGAAGGACGUCGUGCAAGCUCAGGAUAACAUCACGGGCGUCCGGCUGCUGCGGAAGGAGGUCCUGCAGAACGUCUCGGACGCCGAAAGCUGUUACCUCAGCCAAGCCUUGCUGAAGUUCUACCUGGAUACCGUCUUCAAAAACUACCACGGUAAGGCAGCUGAAUUCAGGAUCCUGAAGUCAUUCUCUACUCUGGCCAACAACUUUAUUGCCAUCACGUCAAGACUGCGACCCAGUCAGGAAAAUGAGAUGUUUUCCAUCAGUGAGAGUGCACGCAGGCGGUUUCUGCUGUUCCAGCGAGAAUUUAAACAGCUGGACAUAGAAGCAGCUCUGACCAAAGCCUUUGGAGAAGUGGACAUUCUCCUGACCUGGAUGGAGAAAUUCUACCAGCCCUGAACGCCCAGACCAGGAUACCCUCCUGGUUCUCCGUGUCAUUUCAAACGAGCGCGCCUUCCCGUGAUGCUCUCUGGGCGCUUCACGCCCUUGACCACGGGCCCCGUUCUUGGCCCAGGCUUAUCC